CAGAAGUCCUCAAACUGUUGAUGGUAAUGUCAGUCAGUCAGCUAACAUGACUGUUGAAGGUAAGCUUGCCUCUGUCACUGCACUUCCUCUGCCAAGCAGUCGCUUUCACUUCUGCACGACACUUUGUAUUAGCCUUAAAUCCUUCCGUCUGUGCUCAGGGCCUCUCCACUCUUUCAAUCUAUGUUUUCAACUUGUCCUCCGGAAGUCUUUGUUUGACAGCCACACACCCACCCAGCCAGCCCUUCUCCUUCCCUCACUCUCCUCCUCUCUGCCUCACCACUUUCAUAGUGCAUCUUCUCUCUCAUUUGCAUUUGUUCUGCUUCCUCGUGACAAGAAACAGUUCAUGUCAAAGAGCUGCGUGAGAAAAUCAGAUUGGAGUUAGAUACGCCCUGGAUGACAGUACAGACUGAAAUGAGCAGGUACACUGAGGAUGGGGCUGUUCAGAGUAGAAGACUUUCUGAGCUGGAUAAUUGUUGCUGAUUGAAGUGUAAAGCAAGAAGGUAAUUAAAGACUUGGCACUGGAACAUCACGACAGCAGCAGUGUUACCAUGGAGACUGGCAAGCCGGGAUUGGCGAGUGCUCCAGUGCACAUCAACUCCGUCGCAGCACAGACAGAGAAAAGGAUGGACAUCCAGGCCCCGCUGACGGCUGUUUACAUCCACACAGUGCCUGCUCUACCAGCACAGCCUUUCCCCCAGCUUCCUGCAGCUGCCCGGGAGCCAGCCACACUCCAUCUGGCCAUGCCGCAGCUCUACUCCAAGGAGACGCUUCCCCUUCUGACACUCCAUAUUGCUGGUGGGCUGCAGUCUAAGCCGGGAUUGACUCUGGCAGCCACUGCUCCUGCAGCCAGACCCAAGGCGGCAGGAAAGCACAUGUGUCCUCACUGUGGACGGGACUGUAUGAAGCCCAGCGUGCUGGAGAAACAUCUGCGCUGCCACACUGGGGAGCGGCCUUACCCCUGCACCACUUGUGGAGUUUCUUUCAAGACUCAGAGCAACCUCUACAAACAUAAGCGUACUCAGGCUCAUGCUCGCCUCUCGUCUGAAUCGGAGCAGAGCAGCCUGGGCAGUCUAGACAGCAUAUCCAGCUCCAGAGAGACUUGUACCUCCAGUUUGUCUCUGGAUGAGCGCAGCGAGGAGUCUGGCAGCAGGGAAAAGGAUGCCACACUAACUUCUGCUGAGAUCACCUGUCCAGCCAGUACAGCAAAAGUCUGCUCUGUAAUGACCCAUGGUUCUGUCAGUGAACAGAAAGAGCUGACCCCUCCAGGUCAUCAGACAGAACCAAUUGAAAGAUCACAGGUAACAACAGAAGGUGAAACACAGAGAAUGGAAUAUGAAAAGCCUCCAGUGACUGCAAGUCGACAUCUUCCCCUUCAAAGACAAGAAGCCACUCUGUUUUCCAAGCAGUGGGAGAGCUCCGUAUCCAGAGGAAAAUCACAGAGCCAUGAGAGCACCGACUCAGGCUUCAGUGAGAGCAGUGACCACUACCCAAGCCCCGGCAGCGCUUUACCUGACCACAGUAUGGAUUCCCUCACCGAAUCCACCAAGGAGCUUGAUGAAACCACCAGUACACAAAAACCUUCAGAACGAGGCCAAGUUGGACAGGAACCCAGAUAUACCGCAAGGGAGCAAGAGCAAAAGACCCUGGAGGAGCGAAUUUCUAAGCUCAUUUCAGAGAAUACAGCCGUUGUGGAGGACAAACAGCUGGAGAACGUAAGGCCGCGGAAGACAGUUCUGUCAAAGCAGGGCAGCAUUGACCUUCCCAUGCCAUACACUUACAAGGACUCCUUUCACUUUGACAUGAGGAUUAGUAAGACUCCGAAUGUUGGAUUACAAAGAAACAGGAAUCCUGGCUUCUACAGCUCUGUGCCCACUCAGUGCUCCACCACCAUGGAACAUGCCUCCUUAACCCGCAGCAACUCCCUCCCUUUCAGCGUUACCCUCCUGCAGCCUGAGAGCAGCAGCCCAACCUCCUCCUAUCAGAGUGAUUAUGUAACACUGGUCCGCAGGGGAAGCUCUGGCCAGAUCCAUCCAACAGGUUUUGCGAUCAAGCCUGUGAACCAGCAGUCAUCCACCCACCGCCCACUGGUCCGGCAAACAGCCGUAGACUGCAACCACGCAACAGACGGUCCCUUCUUGAAUUCAUCUGUGGAGGAGGCGUGCACCGGCAGUCUCAGCUGCGACGUGGAUGGCGGUGACAUUUGCGGAGAGCCAAGCAACAGAAAGUUCCGGAGGAAGAAAACACAGAAGUUUGCCUACAAUAAGUGGUACAUGUACGGCGGAGGGACAUUUAAGAAGCUCUACAAUGCUGAGAAAGGUGCAGAUGACAGGAAAUGUUCGACAAACCCAGAGCACGACACUGUUCACGGCGUACAAAAAAGGUUGCCAGCAGUUCAUAAGGAGACAGUAACAACAGCAGGCUCAGCCAUAAACUUCACAAGCAGCAGUGCAACAGUGUGCCAUCCAGGUUGCCCUCCUGCCAAACUACCCCUCGUCUGUCCUGUGGAUUUUAAUCUAAAAACUAGUCAGGUUCAUACGUCAUGCAGCUCUCUCAAGACCCCACUCCGGAGAAAUCUGUCUUUGUCAGUACUGCCAUUACCUUCACUUGGUUCUCUGGUUAGCAACAGAACAGACAGCAUGAGCGAAGCAGAAGCAGGGAGAUUGAUUAAUGAAGAAAAACAUACUGACUCCAGCUCGCAGCUCUUUGGAGCCCGCAUUCCUUCUGACAGGAAAAAGCAGAAAACUGAUAACAAAAUAAUUUGCCCUCUGGAGAUGGAAACCAACCCAAACACACUGACUCACCCGCCUCCUUCUGUCACUGGCAGUGCACCUCAGCAAGAUACAAAUCUCAGUUAUAUCAACCUUCAGAAAAAUAUAAACCAUCCACAGCUCAAAGGAGCUCUCUUCCCACCAUGCAUAACCAAUAUAAAUGUUAGCACCUCGCUAACCACUGCCAUCCCCUCCUCUGCCAAGACCAGCUUUCUACCCAAGUACCAGCUAAAGUUACCUAAUGCUGCUGAACCUGAUUCACAUCUUUCACCACAUCUUGGGGACAAACCAGCAGGAGCCGGCGGCUGCACUUUCUCCCCUCCUCUGUCAUCUUCUCACAAUGAGCAAACCUCACCCUCGGUCACAACAUGGAAAUUUUGUGAUCCUGUCACCUCACCGUUGAUGCAGAGUUGUGACAUCAAAAAGACAAAUGCUUUCAGCUCCACACAAGGCCAGCUCGUCUUGCCUUGCACAGCCACAACCCUUUGUCAGCUUGAAACAUCAAGACUCAAUCAAAAUGCAACUUCUAGUCUAACUGUAGUGCACAGGCAAUUUGCAGCAACCACAAUAACCACAACCUGCCUACAAGAUUAUCAGGCAGGAUUAUGCAGCACUAGAAUACAGCCCUCAAAAUCUGCAGGGGGCUCACCCAGACCUGAUGCACCCGUGGUUGUGAACUUCCCUGCAACACCUACCAUAACGACAGCAAACAAUCAAAUAUCUGCUGCUGCAAUUACAUCUUUCUCACAAGGUCAACUUAACCUUAACCCCCCUGUGUCGCACACACAACUCUCACCAGCAUCAGACCAGUUGAGCCCUGUAAACAAAGCAUAUGCUAGCUCAAACACCCCAGCUGUACCUUGUCACAUUGUACCGUUUGACCAGAUGCAGCCAGCUGCUCAGAACGUUUUUCAUGUUCACACAGCAGACCUCCAGAUCUGCCUCCAGAUCAUAUCUGAUGAGCAGCUGGCUCUCAUUGAACCCCAGAUCGAGAGGCAUGAAAGUAGCGCUCUCUCACAUAGAUGUGCGAUGGAAGCAGGGGUUCCAGAAUUGAUCCAGAAUAAAGCUCCAAGCUCUGUCACCAUGGAAAGUAGCAAUGAGGGAAGUGACCAUCAACAGCCAGGACAUCCAGAGGAGUUGGGCCAAAGUGAGUCUUUACCCACACUUACCGUGGAGAGAAUAAAACCUCCACACUCUUUACAGUUUGUGAAGGCAGAGUCAAAUCUCCACUUGACUGAACACAGUGAGUCGACUCAGGCUAUAGUAUCAGCUGAUUCUAAGCCUCCUGAAGCACUAUAUGGUCAUGUAAACACGGUCACUGAGACUCAGAGCUCUACGGGCAUUGUUGUGUCAACUGCACUCAAAUGUGUAAAGUCAGGAAGGAGCCAAGCUUCAGAGGAGGAUCGAGCCCUUCCUUUGAACUGUUGUGCUGAGGAGCAACUUUUGCCAGACAGGAGAGUCAGCCAAGGUGGACUGGUCUCUCAAACAGUCUCUGGUCAACACAAGCUCAGGGUAACCUCUCUUUCUCCCAGCACAGUAAAUCAAAAUAGCAUGAGAAGUGAAGUUCUGGGCAAAGAAAGCCAACACAAACUUAAAAAUCAAGGAGCCCCAUGUAGUGUAGGAACAAUAAAAGCCAAGGGUGGAGCCUCUACAAACAAAAGCAGCAGGUUAGAGAGUGGAGAAGCCCACCCUCCUCUGAAGGUUGGGCACGGUCAGGCCUACGUUGCUGCAUGUGCUGACGAACUCUCUGGUUCAGUUUCUUCAUUUUCAAUCAAUGAAUGUAAAGCACCAAGACAGUUGUGCCCACAGGCAUCCAGCUACUGCAGUAAUCCAGUGGAAUGUACAUUACCAGAGGCUCUAAAUUCAUUUAAACAUGCCAACAUGGGAUUUGACAGGGUGGGAUCUUCGGAUAAUUCUCCCCCUUCACAGAAAAUGACUCUAAGUGAAUCACAGGACGUAAUCAGUUCAUCCAACUCAGAAAAACAACUUGGUCAGCUUACUUCAGUGUCUUCUAACGUCCAGGUGGAAAGAUCCAAAGACAUCCCAGCAGUGCUUCCAAGUGUUCAGAGCACUACUGCGGGGCUUGUGGACGGAGCCUCCCUGGCGGGAUGUCCAGCCCAGAAGGAGCCACAGAAAUGGGGUACAGACUGGAGGCCAACGCAGAUCCAAGAGGCUGGAGAGACAAACCACCAAUGCAUGGAGGCACAGGCCGGCAGAGGGGAGGUGGGAGAGGAGAAGAACGGAGGAAUCAAGACAGACGAGGUGCCAGGACAGCGGUGCAAGGCAGAGACGACCUGCAGAUACACAUGUUUACAAGACGUGACAGUGCCAGAGAGAGAAGACAGAAAGGUCCAGGCAGAUUCCUUUAAGACCCCUUGGCCAUCUGAGCAGCAUCUUCAGCAUCUUCCACAGACACACUCAGGAAUGUCUGAAUACCCUCCACAGAGCCCUCAGCAAGCUUCAAGCAUGUCAAAUAACCUUAAUUCACCUGCCAGCAGUAGUCAGACCAGCCUUUUCAAUCCUCCACAGCCCCCAUUGGACAUGAACAACUUCUAUUUCUCACAACAACACUGGGAAAGCAGCAGCAUCCAUACCCAAGAAACACAGAUUACAUGCGAAUCAAAUUCAAGUCAGCAUAUCACAGCACAGGCCCAGUUAGCAGAAACACAAAGUGCCCUUUCAAGAAUUGAGUCCAGCUCUCAACAAACUCAAACAUUUUCACACCAGGACCAAAAGCAGACGAGCAUCCCUCUGUCCAUUCAGCAAGGAAAUACUACUGCAGGUAACAACGUGACAGCAGUAAGCGGUUGUACAAAGUUAACAUUAGGAAGUAACAAAAAUCCCUCGCCUGAUGUCAAAACAUCAUUCUCCACAUUCCCCUGCCAAGUUUCUCAUUCUAUCCAAGUCAGCAAAGCUACUGCUGGACUGACAGAGGACACCCAAGCACCAAACAACAAUGUGCUAGAUAAUAAUGCUGUGCUGUCAUCAAAGCCUUUUACAUUCGAAGGAACUGAUGGUUAUCAAGACACCAAGGCUAAUGCACCAUAUGACUUCACGAGUCCGAGCAGUACCUCUGGGAGACCUGACAUUACCAAAUCAUUUUUCUUGGCCGGCCAGCUUCAUGGCUACCAGCCAGCCGACUGUCUGACCAGUGGACUAAGGCCUGUGCAAAGUUGCCAGGACUACACAGAAGACACCAGCAGUAGUGACGAUGAAGGAAAGCUUAUCAUCGAGCUUUAGAUGAACAUGCACAUAUGCUAUUUGGAGUUUUAUUGCUGUUUUUCUGAGACAAAAUUCCUCUGGAGGCAGAAAUAAUAUCAAUGACUGAGUUAAGUUAGUGGUCAGAGCCAAAGAACCAAAUGUCUAAACUCAAAAUAAGUUACAAUAUGAAUAAUAAAUUAAAGUCCAUGGGAAACUUUGCAAGAAUAGCUUAGGUUGAAUGUGAGCCAAUGCUGCGUUCAUGUCAUAUAGUACCGUGUGUGAUUACAAGUGGCCAAGUUGCAAAAAACUGCUCACGUCAGCCUCCUAGUUGAACUUCCAAGUUGGACCAUCAGGAAUUUCAGCUAUGAUAUCUCCCACAUGGCAACAAAGAGCCACAGAAAUCAACAAACUACUCACAAAACAGCUGCAAAGCCUUCCACGCUGGCAGUUACAGCCAAAUAAAAUCCUAUAAAUCUUAUGCAGUCUAUCAUGGCAAUUAGAAAUGAGGGCACACUGUUUGUAUCUGGUUUCAGUUGUUAACAAACAAAUAUUUGGGAUGUUAAACCUGGCUAAUUUAGGCUUACUUUCCAUUUACCUGGUGUAACUACAAAGCUAGCAAUGGUGUUAAUCAUCAGGGAUUAAUGCGAGAGCGACCCCUAUUCUAUCCUGUAUUCAUUGUCUGGUAACGUAUGAUAAUAUAAAUAUCUGAAAUUAACUGUCACCAUUUAGGAAUAUCUUGCAAUCACUCGAAAACAGCAUGGCUAUUUUUUUCAUGUCUUUUUGACCUGGCUUCAUGAGUGUUGACAGAAUAGUUGUGGCUCCUUCUGCUAUAUAACCCAACCAAUGAGAUUACCUCUGCCCCAAAGAAACGCUGUAUGACUUCCGUUCUGCUCACACACGCUUACACACAUACCUACCUAUCUUCCCACACUCACUCGCUCCCAUUUAUUGCACUUUGUAACCUUCCCAGACAACACCUGUGUGUGUGAAUCAUGUACACAUGCUGCCAAAUACUCAUUAAGUUGAGCUAUGCUGGCAAUCAGAUCACCCGGGUGAGGCAGGCAUUGGCUGGAGGGGCAUGACCCUUUUCCCAGUCUGGGAUUUGUAAUGAGUCAGCAGCUAAGAUAAGGCACCGCAGCUCACGAGAACAGGAAAUGGGUGUAAGUGAACAUUUCUGUACAUAAAUCCACAGUCGUAGCUCACACGACUUGCAUGUCAAUCCUCAGCCCAUUAGUGGACUUGACAGGUGUAUGUGUGCAGGAGUGCUGACUGAGUUUUAUCUCCAGUGCAUCUGUUCAGGCCUGUUUUAUUUGACAUUUGACACAGCGGAAAAGCAAGGGCACGCAAAUGUACAACAGUUUACUUGGUCAAGUUACAAGCUGAUUUAUUAUGGUGUUGCAAAUUUUAAUAUUUUCUCUGUUUUCAUUUUCUAAUUUCGUAUUCUUGUUACUGAUUGGAUAUGCAUAGCUGACAAAGCAAUUAAUUUAUCUCAAGUUAAGACUUUGUGUUUUCAACAAUUUUAAUGAAAGAAGGGUUAAAUUAAACCAUAUUUAAAACCAUUUUCCCCUGA